CAGAAAUUUCCGCGCGUUCGUCGGUGAAAGUUCACGAAUUGAAGCCGAGUGGCGGGAGCUGUUGUCAACCAGGGGGCUGUUGUGAAGAAGUUACGACAGUUGUCAGACAUGGAUUUUAAAAGACGCAACGGUGGCCCUUUUGUUGGCGGUGCCUCCCUGGCCAAAAGGGGUAAAACAGGAGGCGACUGGGAGGACAGUCCAUCGCAGUUUGAAGAGGAGUUGUCCAUGUUUGAUGAAGUGGACAUGGAGGCAGAGGAGACAGAGGGGCAGGCAGGCCAUGAUGUCAUUCCUGUAGGCAGCCUCUUCUCAGCAGACCUCAACCCUCGAUGGCGACGACCUCAAGCCCCUUCACUGGACACGUCAUCUGAUACUUUGGUGUUUCAGCAGAUUGAUCUCGACUACUAUUUGGGAGGAACGGUUGCUGGCAUGCCUGGACAGUCGCAGGGAAAAGUCCCCAUCAUCCGGAUGUUUGGGGUGACAGACGGCGGCAACAGUGUGUGUUGUCACAUCCAUGGUUUUGCACCCUACUUCUAUGUUCCUGCUCCAACAGGUUUCAAAUCGAGUGACCUGGGAGAAUUCAAGAGAGAGUUGAACAAUGUUGUCCUGAAGGAUAUGAGAUCCAAUAAGGACAACAUCUCCGUCACAGUGUUGGCUGUGGACAUCACCCGCAAAGAGAACAUGUAUGGUUACCAUGGGAAACGCAUUCUGGAGUUUUUGCAGAUAACCAUGGCGAUGCCUCGUCUCAUCGCCCCCGCUAAGAGACUGCUGGAGCAGGGCUUCAAAUUCGGCCAUUUCCCCAUACAGGGUUACCAACCAUACGAGGCCAACAUCGAUUUUGAGAUCAGGUUUAUGGUGGACUGUGACGUGGUGGGAUGCUGCUGGAUUGAACUUCCCAAAGGAAAGUACAGAGUGCGUGAAGAGAAGAGCACGGGGGACACGGACUCUCAGUACCCAGGAAAGGUGUCCUUGUGUCAGUAUGAGGUGGACGUGGGAUGGACGGAUUUGAUAAGUCACCCUGCAGAAGGAGACUGGCAGAGGAUCGCCCCGCUCAGGGUCCUCAGCUUUGACAUUGAGUGUGCAGGAAGGAAAGGUAUUUUCCCAGAAGCAGACAAAGACCCUGUCAUUCAGAUAGCCUCUAUGGUGCAGCGGCAGGGUGAGACGGAGCCCUUCAUUCGCACCGUGUUCACCCUCCAGUCCUGCGCCAGCAUCGUGGGCUCUCAGAUCCUGUGUUUUACGCAGGAGAAACAGCUCCUGCAGAGCUGGGCGGAGUUCAUGAGGACAGUGGACCCAGAUAUCAUCACGGGAUACAACAUCCAAAACUUUGACUUUCCUUAUUUGCUCAACAGAGCUGCUGCUUUAAAGGUGAAUCUGUUUCCCUACCUCGGUCGAGUGCGAGGCAUCAAGUCGGUCAUGAAAGACUCAAACUUUCAGAGCAAGCAGAUGGGCCGCAGAGAGAACAAGACCAUCAACAUGGAGGGGAGAGUUCAGUUUGACCUGCUGCAGGUUCUUCUCAGGGACUACAAACUGCGCUCGUACACACUGAAUGCUGUGAGCUACCACUUUCUGCAAGAGCAGAAGGAGGAUGUCCAACACUCAAUCAUCACAGACCUGCAGAACGGUAACGAACAGACCCGUCGUCGUUUGGCCGUGUACUGCCUGAAGGACGCCUACCUCCCUCUGCGCUUGCUGCAGAAGCUGAUGUGUGUGAUUAACUACAUGGAGAUGGCCAGAGUGACAGGUGUGCCGCUCACCUACCUGCUCUCCAGAGGUCAGCAGAUCAAAGUCGUCUCUCAGCUGCUGCGACAGGCCAUGAAGCAGGACCUGGUCAUGCCCGUUGUAAAGACAGAAGGAGGAGAAGACUACACCGGGGCAACAGUCAUCGAGCCAGAAAAAGGGUACUACAGCGUUCCCAUAGCGACCCUGGAUUUCUCCUCCCUGUAUCCGUCCAUCAUGAUGGCUCACAAUCUGUGCUACACAACCCUGCUGCAGAAAGGCUCCGCGGAGAGACAGAACCUCGCACCGGAGGACUUCAUCAAGACUCCCACAGGGGACAUGUUUGUGAAGAGCUCUGUGAGGAAAGGACUUCUUCCUGAGAUCCUGGAGAACCUGCUGUCUGCCAGAAAGAGGGCCAAAACCGAGCUGAAAAAGGAAACGGACCCUUUCAAAAUGCAGGUGCUGGACGGCCGACAGCUGGCCCUCAAAAUCAGCGCAAACUCUGUCUAUGGCUUCACCGGAGCCCAGGUGGGCAAGCUGCCCUGCUUAGAGAUCUCACAGAGCGUCACUGGUUUUGGCCGACAGAUGAUCGAGCAAACUAAACAGUUGGUUGAGUCCAAAUAUACACUUUCCAAUGGUUACCCAGGUGACGCCAAGGUCAUUUAUGGAGACACAGACUCCGUCAUGGUGAAGCUCGGAGUGGAGACAGUGAAGGAGGCCAUGGAAGUCGGGAGGGAGGCGGCAGAGUGGGUGUCGUCUCACUUCACACCGCCCAUCAAGCUGGAGUUUGAGAAGGUGUACUACCCGUACCUGCUGAUCAACAAGAAGCGCUACGCAGGCCUCUAUUUCUCCUCCAGCGCAGACACGCACGACAAGAUGGACUGCAAAGGAAUCGAGACUGUUCGCAGAGACAACUCCCCCCUGGUGGCAAACCUGAUCAACACCUGUCUGCAGAGAAUCCUCAUAGACAGGGAUCCUCAGGGUGCUGUGGAUCACGCUAAAGAAGUCAUCUCAGACCUGCUCUGUAACCGGAUCGACAUCAGCCAGCUGGUCAUCACCAAGGAGCUGACACGCACGGCGCAGGAGUACGCCGGCAAGCAGGCGCACGUGGAGCUGGCUGAAAGAAUGAGGAAGAGAGACGCCGGCAGCGCCCCCAAUCUGGGAGACAGAGUCCCCUACGUCAUCAUCAAGGCGGCAAAGGGAGUAGCAGCGUACAUGAAGUCAGAGGACCCGAUCUUUGUGCUGGAGAACAACAUUCCCAUCGACACGCAGUACUACCUGGAGCAGCAGCUGUCUAAACCUCUGCUCAGGAUAUUUGAGCCCAUCCUGGGAGAGAGCAAAGCCGAGAGCAUCCUGCUCAAGGGCGACCACACGCGCUGUAGGACCGUGCUCACCUCAAAGAUCGGCGGGCUCAUGGCGUUCGCUCAGAGGAGGAGCACCUGCAUCGGCUGCAAGGCCGUGCUCAAGACAGACGCUGCGGUUUGUGAUUUCUGUAAGAAGAAGGAGUCCGAGCUCUACCAGAAGGAGAUCUUUCACAUGAACACGCUGGAGGAGCGUUUCUCCCGCCUGUGGACUCAGUGUCAGCGGUGUCAAGGCUCCCUCCACGAGGACGUGCUGUGUACCAGCCGGGACUGUCCCAUCUUCUACAUGAGGAAGAAGGUUCAGAAAGAUCUGGAUGACCAGAGCAAGCUGGUGUCUCGCUUCGGCUGGUGAGAGGAAACACAAGGCUCGCUCUCUUUGUAUAAAGACUUGAAUAUCACACUAUUUCUAUGUUUUCUAUUUUGAGUAAAUUCACAGUAGACGUUUUUGUAAAAUAAACUGUAAAAGCAAAAA